GCUCCAGAUUUGUCCAAGAUGAGCCAGUUUUCCCAGAAGGAUUCCGACAGGAGUCGCCACCCCCGCGACAAGCAACCAAUGAGAAGAAUCAGGUGAUCAUGAUACGACACCCCAAAGGACGCGACCUUGACCCCCAGCCGGCUGGCUGGCCGGUGAGCGAGGCAGCAAGUGCGCUCAAUUUGAAGGAGAUUCCCGCAAGCCGGCCACCCAAGUGUAUCUUACUGGGCUUCGGCAAAUGUGGCACCUCGGCCUUACUAGAGUUUCUUGAUCUACAUCCCAAGCUCGUGUCCCUGGAGUGGGAGCCGGACUAUUUCUGUGACCGGAUGUACCCCAAAUACGAUCUUCAAUGGUAUGUGAAGAAGAUGCCCUACUCCUUCUCCGACCAGAUCACCAUAGAAAAGUCGCCCUGUUAUAUUGUUGAGCACGACUCCCAUCUCAGAAUGCACGCCAUGAACAGCUCGCUGAAGGUAAUGGUCAUCAUCAGAGACCCUAUCACUCGACUGCUGUCCGAGUACGGACAUUACUAUGCCACCGAGACCUACUGGGGCAGGUCGGCCGUCUCCUUCGAGACCCGAGUCUACAACGUCAAGACGCAGCAGUUCCGGGAGGAGCAGGUGCUCAAAGUGGGUGACUACAACCCACAUUUCGAGCAUCUGCUGAAGGUGUUUCCUCGUGACCAGCUUCUGGUAAUUGACGGAGACAAACUUGUGACAGAUCCACUGUCCCAGACUCGCCGUGUGGAAGAUUUCCUAGGAAUCGAACACGCCAUUACUGAAAACGAUAUUUACUUCGACACAGAGAAGGGAUUUUACUGCAUGAAACUGAAAAACUCAGAGGAAACCAAAUGUUUAGGGAAAAGCAAAGGGCGGAAACAUGUAGAAAUUGAUCCGGAUUUCAAGGCGAAACUAAUCGAAUUUUUCAGACCUUACAAUGAAAGGUUUUUCCAACUUGUUGGACAACGAUUUGAUUGGUUACAAUGA